GCUGCCAUCGCCACGAUGUGGGCCGUCCUGCCGCUGCUCUGCGCCGGGGCCUGGCUCGUGGCCCCCGCCUGCGACGCCGCCGAGCUGGCCCGGUGGAGCUCCUUAGAGAAGUUUCAUUUUAAGUCAUGGAUGGUGCAGCACCAAAAGAAAUACAGCUCGGAGGAGUACCACCACAGGCUGCAAGUGUUUGUCAGCAACUGGAGGAAGAUAAAUGCCCACAAUGCUGGGAACCACACAUUUAAAAUGGGGCUGAACGAAUUUUCAGACAUGAGCUUUGCUGAAUUUAAACGCAAGUAUCUUUGGUCAGAGCCUCAGAAUUGCUCAGCCACCAAAGGGAACUACCUUCGAGGUACUGGUCCCUACCCACCCUCUAUGGACUGGCGGAAAAAAGGAAAUUUUGUCUCACCGGUGAAAAAUCAGGGCGGCUGCGGCAGCUGCUGGACCUUCUCCACCACAGGCGCCCUGGAGUCAGCCGUCGCCAUCGCCACCGGGAAUCUGCUCUCUCUGGCAGAACAGCAGCUGGUGGACUGCGCCCAGAACUUCAACAAUCAUGGCUGCCAAGGGGGUCUCCCCAGCCAGGCCUUCGAGUACAUCCGGUACAACAGGGGCAUCAUGGGUGAAGACACCUACCCCUACAAGGGCAAGGAUGAUGACUGCAAGUUCCAGCCCAGUAAGGCCAUUGCUUUUGUCAAGGAUGUAGUCAACAUCACAAUGAAUGACGAGGCGUCGAUGGUGGAGGCGGUCGGCCUGCACAACCCCGUGAGCUUUGCCUUCGAGGUGACUAACGACUUUCUGUUGUACAGAAAGGGCAUCUACUCCAGUCCUUUCUGUCAUAAAACUCCAGAUAAAGUAAACCAUGCAGUGCUGGCUGUUGGGUACGGAGAAGAAAAUGGGACACCAUAUUGGAUCGUGAAAAACUCUUGGGGUACCCGGUGGGGAAUGAAUGGGUACUUCCUCAUUGAACGCGGAAAGAACAUGUGCGGCCUGGCCGCCUGCGCCUCCUACCCCAUCCCCCUGGUGUGAGCCAGGAUGUCACGGCGACUGGUUGGCAGAGGAAGGGAGGAAGGGCAGCCUGGGCCCUAAAACCCUGACCUGGAGGAAGUGGAGGGAGACCCACCCAGGGCCCUCUCACUCCUGCGGAGCCUGGAAACCCGAAGAAAACGAAGAAGAGUUCCACUCAGUAGCAAGCUCACCCACGUCUGCUGAUGCAGAGGUGGCCCAAGCCGUGUGCCUUAGGCAUGGUGUUUGACCCAACCCCACGUGGACCGAGAAUAUUCUUUCUUCCCAAAAGGGCUGCUUUUCACAUCUGGAAGACACUCCAUUGACCAUUUUUAUUCAAUAAACAUCUGUGAGUACC